GUGUGUGUGUAGUGUAGUGUGUGCGAGAAAGAGUGAGUGCGUGUGUGAGUGAGUGGGCAUGUGUUUGUGUGUAGCCAGUGUGUGCGUAUGUAUUAAAUAGUUCGGACCAGAGCAAUAAUAGAAGACUCUCGAUCAAGUCGCCACUGAACUCUAAACCAAACGAUUGGUAAGCAAACUUCUUACCACACAGCCAUUCCAGAGUCUAUUAAUUAUAUUAUUUCUUGCAUAACAAAUUUGAUGAGUAUCUCCUACUAUCCUGGUUUUAUCGAACACAUUUUCACGCAGCAGGCUGGUUGAAGUAUUUUCUAGUACGCUUUAAGAAUCAACCACGUUUGCUGUCAUCUUUUGACUCUUAACAGAAAUCAAUAGUCCACAUUCCGUAUUAUGGUGUAUCUGUUAUUCUGCCACUUUGGAGGCAAGUAUUUCCGGGUACCACGUUUGUAAGCAACAUAUACAUAUCGUCUUCGCUUGCAUGGUGAUUUCAACUAUUGGCCCUCUCCACAUAAUAAUUAGUCGAUGUGUUGUGUUUCUAGUGAUUGCUAAUUGUUAAUGUCUGUAUAAUUAUGUAUUCCUUUCCAACUGGAUUAAAAUUUACACGCUUGCCUGGCUGAAAUUCAGUGCAGAAGUACUUUAUUUUUAUUUUCGUUUUUAUUUAUCUAUUUUUAUUUUUCGUUCAUUCGAGACUUGUCCAACGAGAUAUAUUUGCGUGUUGCUUUCAUUCAAGCAAAAAGCAUUUGAAAACAAAAAAAAAACAAAUGAAAAACAACAGACCGAACUAAAUUCCUUUACAUCUAAUCUACUCUUCAUAAUCUUGGAUUUCGAUGAUUCUGGUUGCUUUACCAUGCCGGAGGAUAACACAUUGAUGCUACUUGAAGACAUUUACCGUCGAGGGUAUAGGAAAACUUAUAAAAAAAGAGAAGAAGAAAGAAUAUGGAUACUAGAAAACAUAAAGAUGAGAAAAUGUAAGACGUUCGUCCCCAAAUCUGAUAAUGUAUGUCACUGUGGGUAUGAUAUAGAACAACAUGAAAAGCAAACACAUCACCCUUUUAAAUGGGAAGAAGAAACAGACACUGAAUUGUUGCCAACAAAUGCAUUUGGUGAAGUGGAAUUUCGAGGAUUUGGUCAGAAAAUUGGAAAGUUUGUCCGUGUGGAUCAUAAAACACCGAUGGAAACAAUUAUUAAAUUGAUAACAACUCAAUGGAAUUUGUCAUUACCAAACCUGCUUAUUUCUGUGACCGGAGGGGCAAAAAACUUCCAGAUGAAGCCACGACUUAAAGAAGUAUUCAGGCGUGGGUUAGUAAAAGUUGCAAGAAGUACAGGUGCCUGGGUUACGAGUGCAGGAUUACAUGCUGGAGUGAUGAAGCAUGUUGGAGAAGCUAUUCGGGAUUAUGGAUUUGUAUUAUCUGGCAAGGAUAAGGUGGUGGCAAUAGGCAUUGCACCAUGGGGUUGUGUCCAGAAAAAAGAAUUAUUAGAGAAUACAAACGGAUCUUGGCCAGCUGAAUAUCAUGUUAUAAAUGAUCAUAGCAAAAGAGUGAGCCCCUUGGAUCCUAAUCACUCACAUUUCAUCCUUGUUGAUAAUGGUACUCAGCAUACUUUUGGAACAGAAAUUGAAUUCCGAACUCAGUUGGAAAAGACCAUUGCAAGUAAAAAUAUCCGAGAGACAGAAAAGGUCAAGAUUCCAGCUGUUGUAGUAAUGGUUGAAGGUGGACCUGGAACUCUGAAGACAGUCUUUAGUUCAACUUCAUGCCAUACUCCAGUUAUUGUAGUAAAGGGAUCUGGUCGGGCAGCUGACAUUAUGGCUUACGCUUACCAAACGGCAUUCAAGAAUGUAGAAGAGGAAAAUGACAAAGAUAUAACUGAUGGAUCACUACCAGAUGAGCUAAAAGAUGCAAUCAGAAAAAAAAUCAUUCAAGAAUUUGGCAAUAAUUCGAAUAUAAAUGAUUUGCUCAAAUAUGUCUGUGGUUCCCUUGAUCAUCCAAAUUUAGUGACAGUUUUUGAAAUGGAUUCUAAGGAUUCAGUUCGAGAUAUUGACAUGGCAAUCUUGAAGGCUCUUCUCAAAGCAAAUGACAAGAAAGUAGAAAAUUUGAGGCUUACACUGGAAUGGAACAGAAGUGAUAUUGCAAAGAGUGAAAUAUUUACGGAUGAAACUCUUUGGCCAACUGGCUCAUUGGAUAAUCUUAUGUCAUUUGCCCUCCAUGAAGAUCGUGUUGACUUUGUCAAACUUUUCAUGGAAUAUGGAGUUACUUUGAAGAAAUUCUUAACCAGAGACUGUCUUAAAGAAUUAUAUAACAGAAUUCCCAAAAACUCCUGGUUAUACAGUCUGUUUGAAUUAGCCACCAAGAAGGAAAAAGAAUCUCUCGACCUGAAUGAUGUUGCUCAGCUCAUCAAUUUCCUGAUGGACGACGACUAUUUUGAGUACAGUUAUGAAACAAACAGUCCAGAAUUCAAUUAUCCUGCAAAUGAAUUGUUUCUAUGGUCAGUUCUUUUAAACCGGCAAGAAAUGGCAUUUCUGUUUUGGAAAGAAGGAAUGGAGGCUUUACCAUCUGCUUUAGUCGCAAAUAAAUUGCUCAAGUCCUUGAAACUCCGGUCUAAAGAUUAUGACCAAAAGAUCAAACUUCAGGAACAUGCUGAUCUUUUUGAAGAACGUGCCAUUGGAGUUUUGACUGAAUGUUACUCUUCCGAUGAAAAAAUGGCAUUAGACUUACUAGUGCAAGAACGGCAAAACUGGAGCAACGCCACAUGUAUGCUUAUAGCAGUAAAUGCAGACAAUAAGAAAUUUAUCUCUCAUGCUGCUUGCCAAUCUCUACUGAACAAUAUCUGGAUGGGAGAAAUGAAAGAUAAUAACAGCAGCUGGAUGUUGAUACUCUGUACAUUGUGUCCAUUGUUUAUAUUUCUGAUAAAGUUUGACGACAAUAACAUGUGUACCUCAUCAGAAGAAACCAACAAAGACAAUCAGGUCUAUUAUAAAAGAACUAAAGAACCAAUACCUGAGUCUGCUUCUUUGUUAUGCCAUCCUUCUAAGCAUAAACCCAGGAAUACAUGUUCCAAGAUGUUCAGUAGACUCCUGUUAUUCUAUAACACUCCUGUCAUAACAUUUUUUGGAAAUUUGAUAUUUUACAUGAUCUUCCUUGGCAUUUAUAGCUACGUCGUACUUGUUGAACUUGAACAGCAUAUUUCUGUUCUUGAAUGGCUUCUUCUUGUGUGGGUGAUUGGAAUAUUUACAGAAGAAGUUCACCAGAUUUCCAUCAGAAGCUGGAUGUUAACCAAAAGUUCUCCAUCUCUUUGGAUAAAACUUGUUAAUUACAUCUCCGAUAUUUGGAACAUAGUUGAUGUUAUAACGAUCAUCUUGUUCAUCAUUGGAAUCAUUCUUCGCCACCUGCACUAUUCUGAUACUGCCAGAGUAGUGCUCAGUUUAAAUUUGAUUUCCUUUUACUUCCGUGUUCUUCAUAUGUUUUCCAUUCACCAAGAACUUGGUCCAAAGCUUGUAAUGAUUAAGAAAAUGAUGCAAGACCUUGGAUAUUUCUUCAUGAUCCUGUUUGUUUUCAUGGUUGCCUAUGGUAUUGCCACCCAGUCAAUUCUCCAUCCAAGCACACCAAUGUCAUAUGAUCUAUUUAGAGGAGUUUUUAAAAAAGCAUAUUUUCAGAUGUACGGAGAACUUUUUCUUGAAGAAUAUGAUGAAACUAAUUGUAAUAAUGUAUCUGGCAAAUGUCCCUCAACAAUUGGUACAUACAUCGCACCAAUUUUGAUGUGUUUAUAUAUUUUGCUAACGAAUAUUCUUCUUCUCAAUUUACUCAUUGCCAUGUUCAGCUGCACAUUCCAAAAUGUGCAGGUAAAUACAGACCUUCACUGGCACUUCCAAAGAUACAGCCUGAUCUUUGAGUUUUACACUCGACCCCCUCUUCCUCCUCCACUCAUUCUCUUGAAUAACAUCUAUCUCCUUUUUCGGUACCUUUACAAAAAAAAAAGACAUUUACCAUACAAGAAAAAAUCUGGAUUUAGAGAAAAAUUUGACAAAAAUGAUGAGAAACGUCUGAUUCACUGGGAAGAUGAGAUGGCAGACUCUUAUUUAUCAAAGAAAGAGAAAUAUGAUAGUAAUAGCAUGUAUGAGAAAGUAAUUUCAUCUUCAAAUCGAAUUGACCAAUUAACGCUGAAAGUAGAAGAAUUACAACACCAAUUGCAAUAUUCUAAAUAUGAAAAUUCACAGAAUGCUUUCCCUAAAAUUUUGUCUCCAAAAUCUGUAAUGGAAAUUUCUAAAGAUGUCAGCACUUCAAAUCAGAAGCUACAAAAAAUUGAAGAAAAGAUGAAUGAUAUUGAUACAUCACUGACUUGGAUAAAAGAAAAACUUAAAGGAGAAAAUCAUCAAGCAGAGAUUUCCUGUUGAAAUGCUGGCUGAAGAUGUAUGAAAUUGUCUAUAUUUCUUUCUACCAACAAUGUAAUAAAUAUUUAAUAGACAAAAGUAUUGGGAAGUUAUUAAUUAUAAUGAACCAGACACAGCAGUAACAAGAACAGCAGUUGUAGUCCUAAUGGAUGCAAACAAUAGUUAUAUUAGGUGGGUCAUACAAGUGACAUCAUGUAUAAAAACUGUAUUUAUAUAUAAGCGUAUGCAUCUGUCCUGUAGCUAUUGGAAUAAUAGAGCUGGUGGAAAGACAAGUGAAAGAGAAGGAGGCAGCUUGAAUGAGGUGAGAGAGAGAGAGAGAAAGAAAGAAAGACAGACAAGGAGAGAGAAUAAAGAGACAAUCUGGUUUUCCUUGGAAUUU